AUGAAUGAAAAUGUGUGGAUUCGAUUCCUCCUUACUCAUGCACAAUGCACAUCUGUUGGGGAUCGGAAUCCCUUUCUUUUGAAGCUGGUCAACUAUGAGAGGCCGUUGAGAACAGGCAAUCCAGUUGAAAGUCUGUACUUUUGGAGGAGUUAUGGUGGACCAGACCUUGGAAAGGACAAAAAUAGGAUUAAGUGGGAAGCCUGUAGCUGGAGUAGAUCCAUUCUAGGGAAUUUUUCCCAAAUCAAGCGCACCCAGUUGAAUGCCAUACAAGAACCAGAUCGAACUAAGGAAUCUCGGCCUUUUUCCACUUCUGAAUGCAACCUUAGAACUCAAACCAAGUUGGAAUAUUUCUCCAACCUAAAAAAGGAAGAGCUGUAUUGGUUCCAAAGGUCUAGAGUCAGUUGGUUAAAAUCUGGGGACCACAAUACGGGAUUCUUCCACAUAAUUGCUAAAUGUCACAUAAGAGACAAUUUCAUCUCCACAAUUAAGGUUGACAAUAGGAUCUUGGACCAAGCAGUUGAGAUUGAAUCUGCCAUUCUUGCAUUUUUCCAGAACCUAUACACGGUCCCCUCGGUGCCUAGACCUAGAAUGGGCAAUCUGCAGUUCCAAACCAUUCCUACCCCUUCGAUACAGUGGUUGGAACACCCAUUAUCUGAAACAGAGAUCUUGGCGGCAAUCAACGACCUGGGCAAAGACAAAGCUCCUGGCCCCAAUGGCUUUCCCAUUGCCUCAUUUAAGCUUUGUUGGGACACAUUCAAGACAGACUUCCUAAGUGUUUUUGACGAAUUUUUUCACCGCGGAAUCCAUCACAAAGCCAUCAAUGCCACCUUUAGUGCUCUUGUCCUAAAGAUUGAAGGGGUAGAGGAACUGAAGGACUUCCGACCAAUCAGUUUGGUCAAUUCAUCCUUUAAGAUUCUUGCUAAAGUUUUGGCUUCCAGACUGAAAUAG